AAGUGAACAGUAGGAGGGAAACAGGAGCUGCAGAGGGGCUGGAGCCGCGGAAAGCAGAGGAGCGGACAGUGGUGGCAGCCGCUACCGGGAACCUGCAGGCUGUUCUGUAACAGGGAGGCUUAGAGAAGGAAACAAAACCCGAGUGUCCGGUGGGCUGACACACAUAUUGCCGUCAGAUACGCACGCGUGUCUUAAUAACAGCCGGAGAUGCAUUACGUCAUAACCUCCCAUCGCCCUGGAUGACCGAGCUCGCAAGAGGAGAUGAUGUGGGGCUGCUGGAGUAGAAGAGAAGCAGAUUCCGCCGCUGCCGCACGCGAACGCCCGGGGGCGGUGUCCCGCGUGGGGAAGCAAGAAGAAGGGGAGCCGCUCUCGCGCGGCCGCCGGCUCUGAUGGCUCCUCGCGCCCCGGGCGGGAAAGAGACACAGCAGUCGCCGCGGCGCGAGAGGGAAGAGGACAGGAGGUACCUGGGAAGUGACGUGGUGUCCGCACCCCUCAAGCAGUCACCACGGUGCGGUUGUCGUGCGUUUCACAGGAGGGCAGGAGCGGGAAGGGGAAUAUGGCCGCGCAGUCGGACGGCGGCAAAGCCGGGGUCGGCUGCGGCGGCGGCGGCGGUUUCGCCCAGCUGUACGAUAUUGACUCCGAGGAGCCGAUGGAUUCCGCCGCAAUCCACAUCUGCCAGUGCUGCCGCUCCUCCGCCUGCUACUGGGGCUGCCGCUCAGCCUGCUUGGGCUCGCUGCUCGGCGGGGGGCAGCCCGUCGGAGGGGUCGGGGUCCGGGAGACUCACUGCCCGCCCCGCGAGCAGCUGUGGCUGGACUGCCUGUGGAUCAUCCUCGCCCUGCUCGUCUUCUUCUGGGACGUUGGCACUGACCUGUGCCUGGCGGCGUACUACUACCAGAGGCAGAAAUACAUCUGGUUCGGCCUCACGCUCUUCUUUGUGCUGGUACCGUCCGUGCUGGUCCAGAUUCUGAGUUUCCGCUGGUUCGUACAGGACUACACCGGCGGGGGGCUCGGAGAGGUUGAAGGGCUUUCGAAGAGGAGAACAGUGGUUCAGGGGUGCCUGUAUCCCGGCAAGGACCGCCUGCAGCUGGCCACCAUCUGGCUGUGGCAGGCCAUCAUACACGUCCUGCAGCUGGGACAGGUGUGGAGGUACAUCCGAACGCUGUAUCUGGGGGUCGUGUCGCGGCGGCAGAAGGAGCACCAGCGACGGUGGUACUGGGCCAUGAUGUUCGAGUACGCCGAUGUCAACAUGCUGCGCUUGCUGGAGACGUUCCUGGAGUCGGCGCCCCAGCUGGUGCUGCAGCUCUACAUCAUGAUCCAACAGAACCGAGCCGAGACCCUGCAGUGCGUCUCCUCCCUGGCCUCCCUCCUCUCCCUGGCCUGGGUUCUGGCCUCCUACCACAAGCUGCUGCGCGACUCCCGGGAUGACCAGCGCAGCAUGAGUUACCGUGGCGCGCUGCUCCACCUCUGCUGGCGCCUCUUCACUAUCUCGUCCCGCGUCCUCUCGCUAGCCCUCUUCGCCUCCCUCUUCCACAUCUACUUCGGCAUCUUUGUGGUGCUGCACUGGUGCGCCAUGGCCUUCUGGGUGGUGCAUGGGGGCACCGACUUCUGCAUGUCGAAGUGGGAGGAGGUGCUCUUCAACAUGGUGGUUGGUAUUGUUUACAUCUUCUGUUGGUUUAACGUGAAGGAGGGUCGGACGCGUUAUCGGAUGAUCACGUACUACAUCGUGGUGUUGGCGGAGAAUACCAUCCUUACCGGCCUGUGGUAUGUCUAUCGGGAUCCGGUGCUGACCGACUCAUAUGCUGUCCCCGCCCUCUGCAGCGUUUACCUGACAUUUGCCGGGGGCGUCCUCGUCAUGGUCCUCUACUACGGCUUCCUGCACCCCGCCACCGCCCACCUCCAGCCCAGUCCCGCCUCUUCCUGCUGCGCCCAGCUGCUCUGGGGUCUUCCGCUUCCCCCGUCGGCACCACCCACUGCCCCGCCCACCCCCGCCCACAUGACCAAGUCCCAGACGGAAGAGGACGUAGCCGAGACGUGCCUUCCCGUCUUCCAGGUGAGGUCUGCCCCCCCAGCCUCCAAGCCCGAAGGCCCGCUGAUAAAAAUCGACAUGCCCAGGAAGCGCUACCCGGCGUGGGACGCGCACUACGUGGACCGGCGCCUGCGGAGGACUAUCAACAUCCUGCAGUACAUCACGCCGGCCGCCGUGGGAAUCCGUUAUCGUGAUGGACCGUUACUGUAUGAGCUGUUGCAGUACGAGUCCUCACUCUGACACACAAACACACACACACAUACAGAGGUACACCUGAGCACAUACAGAACUAUAAAAUGUACACGUGGAUGUUGAAACUUAGAGAACAUAAAGGAAAAAAGUCAUGAGCAAAAGUUCUCACUUGAUAUAAGCACAUGCACACUAAAGCAGCAAUCUCACUAUAAAGCACACACACACACGCACACUCACUUCUUGUAAGUCCCGUGGCCAUGACUCAGCAAGCUUCUUCAGCCCAUCUUCUUCUUUCUCUCCAUUCAGCUCCUCUAAUCACUCUUCACUUGGUCUCGUUUUUAUGAAUUUCCCUUCCACACCCUAUUGUGGAGGAAAAAAAAGAAAUUUACAAAGAGAAAUGACCACAUUUCAGCAGCAGCACCUGACUGCAUCAUUUAUGUUGCGAUCGUCAUGUGUUGAGUAGAAUAAAACAAUGUGACAAAAGAAAUGAAAAAAAGUCACUUAAAAAAAAUAAAAGGGAAUGUGAACACGUGGUUAGUCUAGUCAAAGGGUCCUGUAAAUAUUUUCUAUGUGCCGAGCAGAUCAUUUUGAUGUAAUGUCACUUUGUGGCUGGAUAAAGACCUUAAAGACAGUUUUGAGAGUUUGUUAUGAAGGUUACCAGGGACUAAAGCAGUGCAAAAGAGGAAUGAAGGAGACAGAAGCCUCAUCUUAAAUUUUUCUCAUUCAAUUUGUUCAGAAGAAGGAAGUCAUUAGAGAAGUAGCUGAAUGUCACUGACCACAAGUGGAAAAAAGCAUCAGGGCUAAUUGUUUAUCACCUGAAUCUUCAAAUUUAAACUUUUCAUAAUAUGACUAAAUGGUACACUUUAUACAGGAAGUAUUAGCUUAUAUUAACCAGUUAUGGUUUGCCUGGAUAAAUUCAAACAAACCUACUCAAUCAAUACCAUUCACAAAAUAUAAAAGUGACUCAAUAACUAGUUUUCUGAAUCUUGAAGAUGUAACUACAGAAAUGGGGUUACAUGUCCGUUUUUCAAACCUUUGCCUUACUUAAACCGAUAAAAAACACCUCGUCCAAAGAACAAAAAGCCUCUUACUUCUUUAAAGCAGUGGCUCUCUCAUAUCAUAAUAUAUAAUGAAUAAAAAUAAUCACAAUACAAAAGCUGUUACCAGAGAUAAACACAGCUGUCAAAAGUAAAUCGUACAAUCUCCUUGUUUAAUUAUCUUAUUAUCAAUGUUCCAAUAAGAAUAAGAAUAAUAUAUUAAGUGUUCCUUAAACUGCCAUCAGAAAGAAUUCACACCCUUUAGUUUUCCUAUAAUUCUUUACAUUACUUGUUCUUGAACUGAUUUCAGUAGAUUUUUUUUCUUUUAAACAAUCUUAACAAAACAGCUCAUAAUGACAAAGUGAAACGUUUUGUAAAAUGAUCAAAAAAUUUAAUGUAAUGGGAUUUGCACUGAUCAUCCUCUAGAUGCUUCUGCAGAUUGAUUUGAGUCUCUCUCUAAGAGGGGUGAACAAGAACCCAAUGGUAAAUUGGGCAGACCUCUUGUGAAGACAGGAGGUCAAUCAUUGCCAACACACUCCAAAGGUCAGGCCUUUAUGGUAGAGGGGCCACAUGCAAGCCUCUCAUCACUUAAAGCCACAAGGCAGCCAGCUGGAAUUUAGCCUAAAAUCAUCUUAGAGGUUGUCAAACGAGGAGAAACAAAAUUCUGAUGAAUUCUGAUGAGUGUGAUGAAGCUAUAACAGAACGUUUUAACUAGAAUUCAAAGCAUCAAGUUUGGAGAAAUGCAGCACUGCUCAUCACCUAGUUAACACCAUCCCUACUUUGAAGCAUGGUGGUGGCAGUAUCAUGCUGUGUGCAUGUUUUUGUGCAGAGGGAAUUUGCAUUUAUUUACUAGCUAAAGUGGUUCCGAACUGAUAUAGGAAAUGGCCGCUUUCCUUACGGUUUAACUCAAGUGUUUUUUUGUAACUCUUGAAAUGCUAAAAAUAUACAAAAACUGAGGGAAAACCUUUAACAAUUUGGAAAAAUUGUUGUCUACAUAGCUCCAAUUAUUGGUCAGAGAUUUUAGCAAAAUUAGGAAACUAUAAUUAUACUAUUCUAUAAUUAUAAUUAUAAUGUUAACAAAUACUCCAAUAGAUGGGCAAAUCUUUGAAUUCCGAAAUGAUUUUUUUACUUUAACUAAGACCUCUUUUAUUUUUUGCCGGAGGCGUUAGCAUUUGAAUAGGAAGAUUUGUUCUUUUAAUUUCAAUAAACCUUAUUUAUUAGCUUUGUAGUUCUAAUUUAAGAUAUAUUUUCAGAGUACAGCAGAUACACCUAAAUGUUUUGGACUAAACAAUGCUGCUCGUAUAUUAUGAAAGAAAUACAGUAAUUAAAAACAAAGCAGAAACAUAACAUUUCAUGCUAGUCAAUAGAUAUGAAGCAGCAUAAUAUGCUUAUCACAUCGUAUUGUGUAUGUGUUAUCUAACUGUUCAUUUUCCAGUUUGACUUGCAAGGGUUGUGGGAGGCUUUAAUAUUUUAUUCAGACUGUCAAAACUGCUAACACUUGGUAAAUUGGUUCACGUCAGUGGCAGACGACAGCAAAAAUGCCAGAUCUGGAAUUUACAGCACAGAGCAAAUGCAUGACUAAUUUUUUCUGACCUAUGCGUAGAGUUUCUGUGGGAUGUCCUACGCUAACAGGAGUUCAGCAACAAAAGCCGAUAUGAAACAGUUGUGGACUUUAAUCGUCACGACCCCCCCUGGAUGACUUAUCUUCUCAUGCAUCACUUCCAGUAUCAACUCCUCCAAAAGCCACCCACGGCUGAGCUGUGAUGUGUGGCUCAUUAUUUAUUUAUUUUUGGUUUGUUUAUCCCUGGUAUACAAGCUGUUACAGUGGAAGGGGACAGCAAAUGGUGCCGAUGCAUCAAUCACGGGCUCGUCUGGAACGAUGGAGAAAUGACACGCUGUCCGGGGGGGGCUUGCUCUCACACCACAGGGUGAAGUGUAGAAAAACAUGUUUUUGCCAUGCACUUGCAUUUCAAAACGGGGGCAGGUGAAACACAAAUACAUACAUAUGUUGCCAAAAUAAUUAAAAAGAAAUAUAACAUUUAGAGGUAAAACGAUAGUAUUUUGUCUUUUUUUUUCUAAAUUGUCCCUUAGCCAUUCAUAUUUAAGAUAGAUGCCCUGUGUCUACGUUCAAAAGUCUUACUAAAGUUACCAUCUGCUAAAAAGCUUUCAUAUGGGUUUCAAAUGAUUCUUGAAUACAUUUGGUCGUCUCUAGUUCAAAAUUUGUAUUACUUACACUAGCAUUUCUCAAAUUUUAAGAUUUCCAAGGACCCACAUAUUGACAGACAUUAUAAAACAGUCAUGCAACAGGACUUCAAUUUCCCUCAAGUCUGUAUUCAAGCUGGAAAAGUUGUGGUUGGUUACGAGACAUGACCUCACAAUCCAAUAUGGCGGUUUUGAUAAAUUUGAUCUCUUUUUAAAUAUUUUAUGUGCAGUAAUUUACAACCAUUAGUUAAGAAUCGGGGGUUUUUCUGCAUGGAGUUUGCAUGUUCUCCCCGUGCAUGCGUUGGUUCUCACCGGGUACUCCGGCUUCCUCCCACAGUCCAAAGACAUGCCUGUUAGGUUAA